AUGACCAAGUUGAACAUCAUCCUCAGCUUCGCCGCCGCCGCCGCGCUGGCACUCGCCACCUUCGAUGGUGUCAACGCCGCCAGCCUCCGAUCGGUCGACGCCGACAGUUUCCUGGGCAGCUUCGACGCCAGCACGGACGCCAGCGACAGCGGUGCGGGCGAGCGCUUCCUGUUCGAGAUGGAGGGGAGCGAGAGCGCCGACACCGACGUUGAUGCGGAGGGCAGCGAGAGUCUUGACGGCGAGCGGUUCCUGCUGGAAGUGGAGAGCGGUGACGAUAGUGCCGCCGAUGAUGAGGGAAGUGAGAGCUUCGCCGGCGAACGCUUCCUGCAGGCAGUUGACAGCGGUGACGACAGCGCAGCGACUGACGAGGGAAGUGAGAGCCUUGACGGCGAACGGUUCCUGCAGGAGAUCGACGGCAGCGACGAAAGUGCCGGUGACGACGAGGGCAGUGAGAGCGUCGACGGAGAACGGUUCCUGCAGGAGAUCGACGGCAGCGACGAAAGUGCCGGUGACGACGAGGGAAGCGAAAGCGUCGAUGGUGAGCGGUUCCUCCAGGAAGUCGAGGGCAGUGAGAGCGCAGACGUCGACACCAGCAGCAACAAUCCCAGAGGAAAAAUCCAUAGAUAUUCCAACAUCUACUGCACACGUAAAAGUGAAUCACGUGAAUCGAAUACAGCGGAUAACGCGAAUAAGUAUACAUGGUAUCCGAAAUACGCAUCGACCAUGACACCCCGUUUUCACGAUAAACGAAGUGAACUCUCCUCAUGA